AUGGAGCAUAUCACUAGAGAGGUUGAUGAGAUGAACCUAAGCGCUGUUGUCUCUGAGGUGAAUAUGGUGGGAUCUAAUCCAAGAGAGUGGUGGAUAUAUACAGGUACAACUCGCCACAUAUGUGCAGAUAAGAGCAUGUUCACCUCCUUCGAACCAAAGACAAAUGAGGAGAAGUUGUUCAUGGGUAACUCUGCCACAUCCGAAAUCCAAGGGGAGGGCAAGAUUGUACUGAAGAUGACAUCUGGAAAAGAUCUGACUCUUAAUAAUGUAUUAUAUGUUCCAGAUAUUCGCAAGAAUUUGGUAUCUGGAUCAUUGCUAAGCAAACAUGGUUUUCGCUUAGUGGUUGAGUCAGACAAAGUAAUCUUGUCCAAAUAUGGAAUAAGAGAAACCAUAAAACCAUCAACUCCAACUCCUCAUCACCUUAAAAGCUACAACCUAUCCCUUUUAGAUCAGUUUGGUCAUCCAAUUUAUGGCCCUCUUGUUCUUUUCUAUCCCAAAAAUGGAAUUUCACCUCAACAAAGAUCCCAGAAGCUCAAGAAAUCACUAUCCCAAGUCUUGACUCUUUUCUACCCUCUUGCUGGAAGAACCAACAAUAACUUCACCAUCGAAUGCAACGAUGACGGUGUUCAUUUCAUCGAAGCUCGAGUCCACGGUUUUCUCUCAAACUUUCUCCAAAAAUCCAAUUCCAAUUUACUACAUCGAUUCCUUCUGAUGGAGAUGGAAUCAAGAAAGGCUGGCAUGGGGCCUCUUUUCCUUGUUCAAGCAAGUUUCUUCGACUGUGGUGGAUUGGCAAUUGGUACUUGCUUGUGGCACAAGUUAGGUGACGAAACCACAACGCGCUUAAUCCUAAAAUACUGGUCUGCCAUAGCUCUUGGCCACCAUGACCAUGCUGAUAUACCAUGCUUGGAUUCGGCGUCCCAAUUCCCUGCAAGAGAAUUCUCGAUCCCGCAUAGUUCUGUGGUGUUUGAAAGGACAAGGAACAGAAUCGUGUUGGAUGCAUGGAAGAUUGCAGCUCUUAAGGCUAAAGUUUCCAGCGCAAGCGUGCCGAAGCCUACUCGGGUUGAAGCUGUGUCGGCUCUAAUUUGGAGAUCAGCAAUGGCUGCAUGGAGAUCAUCAAACAAAGGGAUAGCAAAAAAAUCUGUGUUAACACACAAUGUGAACAUUCGGAAAUUGGCGGAGCCGCCGUUACCUGAGAAUUCAAUGGGAAACCUGAUUGCGUUCUGGUCGGCACGAACAGAUGAAAAGUUGGAGAGUCAAAGAGACAUGAAAGGUUUAGUUGUUGAAUUGAGGAAAGGAAAGAAGAAAUUCAGUGAAAACGAAGCGAAAAGACUUGGAAUAUUGGAAGUGAUGUUUGGAUUAAUCAAAGAGGCAGGAGAGACAAGGGGACGAGAUGAUACAAACAGCUUAAUAUUUACCACUCUGUGUAACUUUGGAUUAUAUGGGGUAGAUUUUGGGUGGGGAAAACCUAUGUGGGUUACAGUUCCUAAUCCUUCACAUAAGAACUUAGUGACAAUGAUGAACACAAGGGAUGGUGAUGGUGGAGUAGAGUUUUGGUUGUGUUUGAGUGAGGAAGAUAUGGCAUUGUUUGAACGUGAUCCUCAGCUUCUUGAAUUUGCUUCACCAAAUCCAAGUCUGUUACCCUUUGGGACCCUCAAGUAG